AUGGCGUUUGAAGAUAUCUGGAAGAAAAUAUCCUGGUUAUAUUACCAGUAUAUUCUCGUCACGGCUUUAUACAUGUUGGAGCCUUGGGAGAGAACCAUCUUCAGUAUCCUUUUUGGUUCCAGAAUGGUUUGAAAAUAACUAGGCUACUAGGUAUUUUAGCCGGAUAGGUAACUAACUACAACUCCUUGCCUUGUAAUUUCGAAUAGUUAGCAAGUAGCCUAUUUGUUGGUUAACCUUUAUUGCUGAACAAUAGACUAUGAAACGAUAACAGUAGGGCUAUAGCUACUUGCCUAGGAGGACACCGUGUAGCCUACUGUUGGUGCGUUCAGGACAACUCGGUAAUGUCCGACAUGAAAACUCGUUGUAGAAAGAGGAGGCCCGAGUUUCCCACUUGGAAACAACUGGGAACUCGGAUAAAACGAGGUAAAAUCCUGACGUCAGUGAUCAGGUCGCAAAGGGGGAUCGCUAGAAAGAUGCCCAAGUUUCCGAUUUGUAAUUCAGAGUUGGAUGUCGGUUCAAAAAGUUUUUUUUCCAGUCGUAGCUCGUUUUUCCGAGUUCCCAGUUGUUUUGAACGCUGCAUAUCUCACCUGUAGGCCUAAACGCGUGCAUGCAACUAUUGGUCUCAUUAUUUUCAUCAGCUUUAUCUGGCAUAAAAAGUGCAUGUGUAGACCUCAUACAGUCAUUGGUGUUGACUGAUUUUAUGUUAGGUUACUCAAUUAAGUUGGAAACUGGUCAAAAAGAGGUGAGGAAGAUAUGCCUAUUCAAUUAACAUUUUGUUCACAUCACUGAACAAUUAUGACUGAAGAAUGAUAUUAUCCCUUUCAUAGGCCUACUAAGCAGUGGCGUGUAUUCAUGGAUGCCAAGGGAAGCCAGUCUUCCCAAUAUAAAAAAUCUAAACAUAAAUUAUUUUAUCUUUCGUCGGUCUGUGUUUCAUAAUUUUCCUUCAAUUCCCGAGGCUGAAUGUAUCUCACAGGAGAAAACAUCAGAGACGAGCGAAACAGCGCCCCUCUGUCUCUCUAGGUAGGCCAUCUAUCUGAUGCUGUCUGGUCCAAACGAGUAUGACAUUUUUUCCGCCCUUAGCAUUGAAGGCAAGGGAAGCCAGCGAGCAUCAUAAUUUUAAAAAAAUUUGCCAACCAGGGUUGAGGUGAACUGAGCGAGCUCAACUGUGAAUGGUCCUGGCACACCAAAAAAAAGUGUAUAGGGAAGCCAGCUUGGAUUUUGGCGUCACUCCUAUCAAAUCCCAUUGAGAGGAUACGUCAAGUACUUGAAUUGUUGCAUCAUUAAACCCCUGCAACUUAUCCAGAACGCCGCAGCCCGUCUGGUGUUCGACCUUCCCAAGUUCUCUCAUGUCACCCCGCUCCUCCGCACACUCCACUGGCUUCCAGUUGAGGCUCGCAUCUACUACAAGACCAUGGUGAUUGCCUACGGAGCUGAUCAGACCCUAUGCCCAAACGAGGGCACUACGUUCAUCCACCUCUGGCCUGCUAGCUCCCCUACCUCUACGGAAGCACAGUUCCCGCUCAGCCCAGUCAAAGCUAUUUGCUGCUCUGGCACCCCAAUGGUGGAACAAGCUCCCCCACGACGCCAGGACAGCGGAGUCACUGACCACCUUCCGGAGAUACUUGAAACCCUAUCUCUUUAAGGAAUACCUGGAAUAGUAUAAAGUAAUCCUUCUACCUCCCCCUCCCCCCACUCCCAUAAAAAAAAUGUGUUAGUCGCUCUGGAUAAGAGCGUCUGCUAAAUGAUGUAAAUGUAUCUCGUUGUGUUGUUGUCCUCCGGUGGCUAGCUAGCUAGCUAAAAUUGGCCCUUUCCUAAAUUAGCCAUGGAUGGAGAUAGGGAUUUGGACUAGUGGUUUUACUUAAUUCUCCGUACUGUCCAAUGAUUAUUUUACAUUUACAUUUUAGUCAUUUAGCAGACACUCUUAUCCAGAGCGACUUACAGUUAGUGAGUGCAUACAUAAUUUUUUUACUUUUCAUACUGGCCCUCCUUGGGAAUCGAACCCACAACCCUGGCGUUGCAAAUGCCAUGCUCUACCAACUGAGCUACUUCCCUGCCGGCCAUUCCCUCCCCUACCUUGGACGACGCUGGGCCAAUUGUGCGCCGCCCCAUGGGUCUCCCGGUCGCGGCCGGCUACGACAGAGCCUGGAUUCGAACCAGUAUCUCUAGUGGCACAGCUAGCACUGCGAUGCAGUGCCUUAGACCACUGUGCCACUCAGGAGUGGUCUAAGGCGAUUCUGAUCCAACCAUUAAUUCAUACAUUGUUGUGCCCCUGGCCUGAGAGGAUGGAAGUUCAAUAUGUAGCUAGAUGUAGAAGGAUAAUGUUAACUAGCUAACGUUGCCCAUGCAUGGAAGUUAGGCUAGCGAGCAAGCAUUUUAGCCAGGUAGCCUAGGACAACAAAAAGUAAAAGUGUGUACUGUAUGACAGAGUGAUAGACAGUUUCGUCAACAUGAAAGAGAGGAGGAUGGCAUUGGCGUUAUCACACACACACAGAAAUCAGAACCAUGGACAGCCACAUCAUAUUUAGCUUUCAUUGAUUGGACAAAAUUGUUUUUGGUAUCUUUUAGUUGUCACUGUAUUAGACUACGCAGAGGGGAUUUGAAUAUGUUGAAGUUGAAAUGGUGCUGGACUAGUGGAGGUAGCUCCUGUUUUUUUUGCGACUUGUGGUAACUGUGGUUCUAAAUCAAUAGUUGUUUAGUGGUCCGAAAAAGUCGGAAACAUUAACUUGCUUGACCAUGCUGUAGUAACUGUCUGUUACUGUACAUGCAAUAUGCUUUGUGGACUUCACUGGACUUCACUUUGUCAUAAAACAAAGGUGUGGUUGAAUUGAUUCUGCAACUGUCUUAUUGUCUCGGCCUUUAGGCCUAUAUAUCACGGUCGCAAGGCAUAUGAAUUAACAGGUUAUAGAGCAAACAACACAUAUGUUGUCCUGGCUUCCCUGGUGAUUUUACACAUGCACCGCUACUGCUACUAAGACGUUUUUCCGCCAACGUUAUCAUACCGCCAACUUUUUCCUGCCUUUUCUCUAUAUCUGAAAGGUAUUGCCGGUAUCAACGCCGAAGCUUUUAUGUCCGCAAAACGACCUAGUAAUCACUAAAGUUCUUCCUACGGUAGUAGCCUAUGAAACGCAGCCGUAAUGCUGAGGUGGCAUUGGCACGCACUACGCUAUUAAACUCUGAUGGUUGCUAGUCAGUGCCCGUUAACCAUCUAAGUUCUGGUUCUGAACUUUGCAAGGCAUGUCACUAAGCUGUUCUCUUCGCGUAGCCCACCACUAAGCAUGCACUGUUUUCUUAGCCACAACUGGAUAAAUGCUUAAAUAAUUACUGUGGGAAUAAAUAUCACUGACUGACAGAAAUAUUGGAAUAAAGUAGCCUAAUGCAAUUGAAGGCAUGUAUCAAAUUGUUGCUUAGACUACUGAAACUCCCAAAGUUAUCCAAUCCUUGUAAUACAUUUGAAAUAAUAGCCUAACGUACCGUGAGACAAGCAUGGGGACCCAUCUUGAUAAAUCAAUAAAGGUCCGAUUUUUGUUUUCCCUGAAUUUCCGUUUGGAUUAGGCUACAAUUACGCUGGGAAAAUCUUAGUUGAGGUGAGUGCUGCCCAUGAUCAUCUUGUCUAGGUCAUUUAUUAGAACAUUUUGCCAUGUUAUGUAGGCUAGGCCAAGGCCAUGUUAUGUAGGCUAGGCCAAGGCCAUGUUAUGUAGGCUAGGCCAAGGCCAUGUUAUGUAGGCUAGGCCAAGGCCAUGUUAUGUAGGCUAGGCCAAGGCCAUGUUAUGUAGGCUAGGCCAAGGCCAUGUUAUGUAGGCUAGGCCAAGGCCAUGUUAUGUAGGCUAGGCCAAGGCCAUGUUAUGUAGGCUAGGCCAAGGCCAUGUUAUGUAGGCUAGGCCAAGGCCAUGUUAUGUAGGCUAGGCCAAGGCCAUGUUAUGUAGGCUAGGCCAAGGCCAUGUUAUGUAGGCUAGGCCAAGGCCAUGUUAUGUAGGCUAGGCCAAGGCCAUGUUAUGUAGGCUAGGCCAAGUGGAUUAUUUUGCUCUUUAGUCGCUUAGUAGCCUAGGCCUACUCCCGACCAAAAGCCUGUGACUUCACUGACUUGUCUGAUAAUCAAUCAAUGUGAUUUUGUUCCACUGAAUCUCCGUCUGUAUAGGUUAAUUGGUUCCUGGCUGGGCAAAUGAGUGGAGGUGGUAGGCUAUAGCUCUAUUCGUUUGCUCAUCCAUCACUGAUAAGAAACAUUUAGCAUGCAAUAAUGUAGUGUAGGCCUAUUAUUUUGCUCAAACGCAUAGGCAACUCCAAAAGCCUGCGGAAAUAUAAAAUAUAGCCUAAAUGAGACUCACAUGCUGAAAAUAGGAUUGGUAUUAUGAUGAAGAUAAGACCCUAUGCCUGCUCCCUAAUAAAGCAGAGUGAGGGUAGGAAAGAGAUGAAACGUGGAUCAAAAAAGCAUGGGCUUGGGCUCUGUUUCAAAAUAUCACUUUUUUAUAUGACAGCGGUUCCACACGUUCCUGUGACACAAGUUGUGGGAAAAAUAUGUGUUGUAUUUUAUUCUGUUAUAUUCCAUUAUAUUCUUAGUAGGCCUAUAAAAUAUGUGUGUUGACCAGUGGAGGCUGCUGAGGGGAGGACGGCUCAUAAUAAUGGCUGGAACGGCAGUAACGGAAUGGCAUCAAACAAAUGGAAAUCAUUUGAUGUAUUUGAUACCAUUCCACUAAUUCCGCUCCAGACAUUACCACGAGCCCGUCCUCCCCAAUUAAGGUGACACCAACCUCCUGUGGUGUUGACUGAAGGGGUGUGUCUUGUCUGUUUAAUGAACAAUAUAACCAACUACUGAUUUCAUUUGGAGCAGCAUAGACAAAAAAACUACAACGAUAUCUAUGGGCUAAAAAACCUAAAUAAAAAAAUGUUAGAUGACAUGGGUUAAUUGAUCUGGACAUUUCUGACAAGUUAUAAAAAGCUCUCUAAGGUAUGGAAUGACUAACAUGACAAGAGGAACUGAUGAUGCACUACCCAAUUUAGAAAUUGCACCUUGUGCAUUCCACUAAUAGAACUUUCAAGAGGGGGGCGCCUCCCCUGCCCACCUCUCGCGCCCUACAGUUUGGGAACCACUGCUCUAUUGUUCCUCAAGCAAGGGGGAAUGCCGAUGACAUCACAAAUUCCGAUCAGACCAAUUCCUUGAAUGCCCUACUCCUUGAACUUUGCAGUUGUCUAAAAAAAACAAUUUUGCUCACAACGUCUUUGUUUACCUUUUAGUGUGUGUACUUUACUGUAUUUAUAGGCUACUUGGGAUGUCAAUUUUCAACAGGAAAAGUUCAAAAAUCACUGGAGGCCGUUCCAAAUGUUUUUAAAAACUGUAUCGGGUCCGAGGUGUAUUUGCAUUUAGACAGAGCAUUUGGGCAGUGUCGGAGCAUGGACGAAAUCCGCUCAGGCGGCAGACUGCUUCGUGAAUAGACGGUAUAAUGUGUAAUAACAUUUACUGUCUAUUUGAAUGGGCUAACCUGUGGCCUGCUUAUCCUAUUUAUACUAUAGGAUUAGCCUAUAAUAGUUAUAAGUAUUGGUCAGUUUCCUUAACUUGUUUCUCAGACUCCAUCCUGAUAUCUGUAGUAGGGAUGGCGGUGUACACUGGGUACGUGUUCAUGCCUCAGCACAUCAUGGCCAUACUAUACUACUUUGAAAUGGUUCAAUGA